AUGCUAUCACAAAAAUAUAUCAGCAUUUCUUAUCUUUUCAAACUAACUGCAACAUUAUUAGCAACUUCACAUCAUUUACCAUCACAGUUUAAAUUAGUCAAUGAUAUGUUGGAAAGAUAUGAUAAGAAGUCAAAACCUGUAUGGGAUCAUAAUAAACCUAUCAAUGUAACAUUUAGCAUGGAUUUGUAUCAAAUCCUAGAAGUGAAUGGACCACAACAAUAUGUUUUGAUUAAUGCUUGGAUAAUUGAGCGAUGGUAUGAUGAAUUUUUAUAUUGGCGUCCGGAAGAUUAUGAUAAUAUUACGGAAAUUCAUUUACCGUAUAGUUCAGUAUGGUUACCCGAUACAACACUUUAUAAUUCGUUAGUGAUGAAAGAUGAUGAUACGAGGCGAUUGUUGAAUGUAAAACUUACAACCGAUGAAAAUAUUAGUGCUGCACAUAUCGAACUUCUCUAUCCAACUAUCUACAAAUUCUCAUGUCUAUUAAAUCUUCGUUUUUUUCCAUUCGAUAUUCAGAUUUGUUCAAUGAUAUUUUCAAGUUGGACAUUUGAUCAAACAGGUAUUGAUUAUUUUGCAUAUUCGGAUAUUGUUGGAACAACAAAUUACAUCGAAAACGAAGGCUGGCAUAUUCUCAAAACAUCAGUAAAAAAGAAAGAAAUAAAGUAUGAUUGUUGUCCAAAUAAAUACUCUCUUCUCGCAAUAACAUUAUAUUUACGAAGAAAACCAUUAUUUUAUAUUAUAAAUUUAAUAAUUCCGACAAGUAUCACAACGUUGAUCUCGAUUGUCGGAUUUUUCACAACAUCGACAGCAAGUGGCAUGCGCGAGGAAAAAGUAUCGCUUGGUAUCACAACAUUACUAUCAAUGUCCAUUCUAAUGCUAAUGAUAUCUGAUCAAAUGCCGACCACAUCCACAUUUAUACCUCUUAUUGGCUGGUUCAUUUUGGCUAUGAUAACAAUAAUUACUUUCGCAACUUUAGCAUCCUCUCUUAUCAUUGCUAUUCAAAAAGGUGGUCAUCAAAAGAGUCGUCUUACUCCACGUAUUGUUUGCUUGAUGAAGUUGAUCGCAUAUAUUAUACUUGAAGAUAUACCAAAACAUUUGUUAGAGACGCCGGAGAAGGAGUUGAAGACAACAGCUUUACGAAAUGAAAAAAGCCAAGAAAUUCUGAAGGCAAAAGAGCCAAAUGGACGAUGGAAAAAACAAUGGACCUAUUUACAAAAAAGGCAAAAAACACAAAUAGUUGAACCACAUUUAUGUGAACUACCGGAAUUAUCUUACACCAAUACCAAUUUACUCUCACCGAAAAGCGGCCAAUCUGAUCAAGGAAUUGAUAUCUCAGAUAUUCCGGAUAUUACUCCGACUACAGUAAUUUCUUCUAUAUCUUCCAUUCCCCAGUAUGUUUUAUCAGAAGGCCGUAAUAUUGCUUCAAAGAUGAACGGAAAUGAUGGCGAUUCAAUUCUUACUGUUUUGGAAAAACCUAACUUUGAGUUAGCGCAACAAAGGUUGCCGCAAAAUGUUUCAAAUGAGGUCAGUGCUCGACAGAAUCGUCGACUAGCACGGGAUGAAUAUGAUUGGAUGGCAAAAGUAUUGGAACGAUUCUUUUUCAUCUUGUUUAUCAGCAUUUUUGUAUUUGUCACAAUUGGUAUUAAUUCCCUUGGUUUUUACUAUUGGUCUUCUAUCGAUUACAUAUUGUACGAUAAUACUAUUGAAGAUUUUUCUGAAAAUCUAAACAAUGAAGAUUAUCAGGACUGA